GCCGGGAGCUGUGGCGGGCGGCCCGCUGAGGGCGGAGCGCUCGGUGCCGCCGCGGGUGGCGGCGCCUCUGGCCGCGAUGCUCCGUCGGAAGCCGACGCGGCUGGAGCUGAAGCUGGACGACAUCGAGGAGUUCGAGAGCGUGCGGAAGGAGCUGGAGAGCCGCAGGAAGCAGCGGGACGAGGCGGAGGCGGCGGCGGGCGGCGAGGAGGCGGCGGCGAUCGGAGCGCUGGGCACGGAGCACAAGAGCCGCGAGCAGCUCAUCAACGAGCGCAUCGGGUACAAGCCGCAGCCCAAGGCCGGCGGCCGCGCCGCGCACUUCGGCACCUUCGAGUUCUGACGGGGCAGCCCCGGCCCCGCUGGGCCGCGCCGCCCCCCUCUGAGCUGUUGCAUUUUCGCAUUUUAAGUUUGGUUAACAUGGCCGUGAUCGCUCCCUUGCCGAGUGUUUUGUUUUAAAUAAACACGUAUUUUUUUAAAGAAACG